AUGCAGGCAACAGCAAAUACACCUACGCUAUACCUGAUUACAUGGUCACAGCAGGUGUUGCAGGUCAAUAUCACGCCAGAGUUCGAUAAUGAACUCUGGAAUAAAGACCACGCCCCUUCCCUCCCCUCUUCAGGGCGUCACCAUGUACGGGGCUGUGGGCGCGAGUAUCAGCGUGAGGGAGCAGCGAAAGAAGUCCAUCAGCAGACAGAUCCGCCCAUAUAUCACGCCCGCAAAGAAAGGUGGGAAGGUACAGCCGCUGCCGAAAAUCCAUGUGAAUCCCAGGAGUCAUAUUACACAGGCGGCGCCAGCACACCCGUGGAGACUGGGCGUUGCUUAAACCCUCCGCCCCCGCCCUCCGAGGAGCAGCCUGCGCCCACCAUCACCUCCACCCUCAUCUCCGGCACCACCGCCCCUCCGCGCACCACUUGGCCUCCUUCAAAGCCCCCCCUUUGCCACACGGCCCUUCCCUUCCUUCGUCCUAGUCACUCCCGAGCUGAGUUCGAGCGGCGUCGGGCAGAAAGCACCACACCGAAGUGGCACCGCCUCGGCCCCUCCUCCUCCACUCCUCCUCCUCCUCCUCCUCCUCCUCCUCCUCCUCCGGCACGGCAUGGCUGGUGUGUGGACUCUUUGCUAAACUCCACAAAGACGCUUCUCUGUAAACUAAUAAAAACAAGUAACAGUUUUUCAAAACAUACACAGAGAAAAUUUAAAAAGAGCGAGCGAGAGAGAGAGAUAGACCCUACACCAUGAGUCCUCCCGACUAGUGCGCCUCAAAGGGCGUGUCGGGUUUUGUGUGUGCUUGCGCUUGGGUGUGGACGAAGCACCUUGAGCAGGGCACCACCGCCUGUUUCUCCUCCACCUCCACCUCCACCUCCUCCUCGAGCGGACCAGCAUGCAGGCCGCCCUUCUUGUCCGCAACAAAAGGACGAAGAAGCGCAAGGACAGUAAGACGCUGUCCUUGGCCAGCCUUCCUCCCCAUGUGGCCACCAAGCCUAUCAACCCUUUUCCAAGAUACAAUCCUG